GCCCAGGUAUGCAAAGUGUGGUGCUGCGGCUCAGGGCUCACACCCGACUAACCAGCCAGACCAGUGUGGCGGUAAUGACAGGUGAGAGACUCUAGACGGUUCGCUUCCUUAUGUAGUGAGGCGAGGCGGCUGUAGGUGCUCUCACACCAGACCCGGGCUGCCCCUGCCAGGAUGUGAUUGCUGGAUGCAUCGCGCUGUACCGUACGAUCACAUCGGUAACAACUGAGAGUGUGCGGAGAUCAGAUACGUCUACGUAUUCAGGUGUGUGUAACUUGAGCUCAGCACACUGCAUCUAUAGAAAGAUACCACUUCCUUUCCAUACUGGGCUUUAAGAAUGGUCUAGCUAGAGUCAGGUUUUCAACUUUGACCCUCAAGUACCACCCCCUGGAUUUCUUUAAUCGUGCGCAGUUUCUGCACCUGGAAGUUGGUUAGAAGAGAAAGUCAUGUGGGAGGAGCACUGAUUUCCCCAAUUUGUUCAGGAAGAAGCUGCUUAUGGAUGAGAUCCUGUAUGCAACCAUGUCUGAUAAGAUAGUCACUUUUCUUGCUUCAAACAAAUCUGACCUGGAUCCAAUGGCUGGACAUAAAGUGCUGUUCACAGACAUGGAACAGCUUGAGCCCAGCUGCAUAUUGAUCCUGUUACUAACUGGAAAAGUACUCCUGAACAUAUUUAUAUUUUGGGCAAGGCACAAGAACUUGAGUGCUAGUUUCCUGGGCUAUUCUUGCAUCGCCCUGGCUGGUACAGACUUUGCACUUUUAUUUGCUAUUUCUGCCAUUCACUACUUUCAGGAUGUUACAGUUUUAGGUGUUCGGUUCACCAGUUACCAUAUCUGUCUGUUUACACAGAUUAUAUCUCGCACAUAUGCGCUCUUGCAUAUUCCAAUUUUCUUGGUAUCUGGUGUGGACUACUAUUUCACAAUUGUGAAGUCUAAAAAAAUUCUCUGGAUUUGGCCUGGACUGCUGUACACAAUUUGUGUCUUCCUAUUAUGGACUGGAGCAUUUACCUAUGUUCUGCUGUCUCAUUAUGAAUCAAUAGUAUUGGACAGUGAGCCACCUAUAGACAAGUGCGAGUUAUACAUCAGCAGCCAAAGUUUUUUCUUGUCUCUUGCCUUUACUAUCACCAUUUUAUUGGUGUUUGCUUUCUGCUGCUUUGAAGUGGUGACAUUAAUAAAAUCUCUGAAGGUAAUAUCCUAUGGUAAGAGCACAGUCGUACUAUUGUCAUUCCCACCUGGAGACAAAUGGCCGGUCCAAGGAAAGAGAUAUUUCACAGCUGCUCUUCUGUUCUCAUUUUUGGGCUCUUGGACCCCGUUUCUUGUUCUUCAAAUAUUCAUAUUUGUUUUGUGUGCUAACAUCCCAGGAUAUAUGGACAUGAAUGUCCCUUGGCUGUAUUAUAUGAACAGUUUCCUAAUUGGAGUUGCCUUUGGUCUAAAAUAUCCCACUCUACAAGUGACGGAGAAUACUUUUUCCACUGACCCAUUUAUUGGCUGGAAAUACUGUAUUCUACCUUUUAUAAAUGCUGAAAAAAACGAAGACCAUUCUUUCCUGAACGAUUUGCCAUCUGCAGUUACGGUUAAUUAAUAUAUUUAUGCAUUUGUUUUUUAAUUUUAUUUUGAAUGUAAGCUUUUUAGUUUAUACACAAUAAAGCAACUGUUCUUAAGGUCA